AUGGAAGCAGGAAAGACUGCAGCAGCAACUUGCACGGUGAAGAGCCUGAGACUGUUCUUGAAGAUGAGAGAUUGCGAUCCAGACGAUCAACUACUGAAAAGUCCAUAUCCGGAUAAAGAUUUAGGGUUCCAGUACGAGCAAGUGGGAAACGAGAGCCAGUACGAGAUGUUGCCACCAUCUGUACCAAGUUCAACUGCUUUGGAUAGUUCUAUUCCCAUCGAUGUGGAUAAUUGUAGCUUAAGUGAUGACAUAGAGUUGCCCACGGUAGAAGAGACGGAAGAAAUGGAUAACUGCGAUCUCAAGGAGGUCGAAAUGGAGGAUAUCGUUGCUGAGACUGUUCCGGAUAUCGAUAGCUGUGAUUCAAAUAACCCACUUGCAGUGGUUGAAUAUGUAGAAGAGAUAUACAACUUCUAUAGACAAACCGAGGUUACAGGUUGUGCGAGUCCCCAGUACAUGUCCCACCAAUUUGACAUCAAUGAAAAAAUGAGAGCUAUUCUCAUCGACUGGCUUAUAGAGGUGCACUACAAAUUUGAGCUGAUGGAGGAGACUCUCUUUCUAACUGUGAAUAUCAUAGAUCGGUUUUUAGCGAGACAAACUGUCGUAAGAAAGAAGCUUCAAUUGGUGGGAGUUACAGCUAUGCUUCUUGCUUGCAAGUACGAGGAAGUCUCUGUCCCAGUGGUAGAGGAUCUAGUGCUCAUCUCUGACCGAGCUUACACGAGGGAUGAAAUACUUGAUAUGGAAAGGCUGAUCCUCAAUACAUUGCAAUUCAAUAUGUCCGUGCCAACUCCUGACGUUUUCAUGAGAAGGUUUCUCAAGGCAGCCGACUCUGACAGAAAGGUAAAGACUUUCUUUUGUUUGGGUGUUAACACAUCCGCCAUCAACCAUCUCCAAGAUGCUCUAGCGCACCAACUAGUACAUCGCUGCCGAAGCUCUAGUGGCAGGAAAGCGCAUGGACGAAAAGAGGCCAAGGGCCGGAUAGUCUCGAGGAACGACCUCAGCAACCCCGGUGCAACCCCGUCAGAGGCCCGACCAACAAGAGUUGCUACUCCCAAGGCCCUCACCUCUCCCUCUGAACGCCUCUCGUACCGAGAUCUUCCUUCAAAUCAGGGAGAAGGGUUCCACCGGGACUACGACCAUGGCACAGAAGACUGUCGCAACCUCCAGCAUCAAAUCGAGGAUCUGAUCCAAAGAAGUCACCUCGGGCAUUAUCUCGAGGAAUCCCAGGAAGCAACUCCACGCUCCAAGGGACCUGUCGAAAGACAUAUCGAUGUCAUCUCUGGAGGAUCGGUAGCCGAUGGCAACAGCUCAACGGCGAGGAAGGCCUAUGCCUGCAGUGUGAUCAAGAAACAUCCCUGA